UGGUAUUUCGAGCUGAGAUGAUGAUCUCGUCGCCGGCGAUCGCGAAUGCUGGGCCUCGGGAUUGGAGAUCCAGCGGCGGGUUCCGAGACGUGGCGGGCGGCUGCGAUCGCGCGAAGGCGGCGAAGCGGUACUCGACGAGGCGGGCCAAGGCGGAGGAGGAGCGGGAAGCGCCGUCGGCCGUCGGGUCUCCGACCAGAGUCUGCGCCGAUUGCGGCACUUCGGAGACGCCGCUGUGGCGGAGCGGCCCUGCGGGGCCUAAGUCCCUCUGCAAUGCGUGCGGGAUCAAGUACAGGAAGAGGAAAAAGGCACUCGAACCCGCAUCCCGCACAUCGGAUGUCGGCUCCGAUGGGCAGGCGAGGGAGGAGCCGAGCCCAGAGGAGCUGAAGAAGAGACAGAGACUGAAGCAGGAGAGGAUGCUGAAGCUGCUGCUCCUGCAGCACGAGAAGCAGAGAGGCGGGAGGGAGGAGGACGAGGAGGAGGAGAAGGAGGAGGCAGCGGUGGAAGAACACGGCAAAGAAGUCGAGGAGGCUGCCUUGCUCUUGAUGUCACUCUCCUCAGGCCUUUUUCUCCAUUCCUAGUACUGCUACUGCUUCCUUUCUUUUGGUCCUAAGCACUGCUCCCCUUUAACAGAACUUGCUGCAGUACUCCAUCACUAUCACUGUAGUUUAGUACAAAACAAAACAAAAAAAAAAUACAAAAAACAGAAGUUUGAGCUCUUGUUUAGUUUUAGUGUCUGUGGUAUACUAGUUGUUGGGUAAGGUUAAGAAUUAAUUCUCCAGAAAAUGACUAUAGGAGUUUUAGUUUAUUGUGAUUUAAGUUUAGUUCGGGCCUUGUUUUAUUUGCAAAAAGAGUGUCUUGUGGAUGCUCUGUUCUCUUUGUUACGUGGCUCUGGAAUUUGGCAGGCAGUGCCAAAAUAUGGUUCUCUUAUUAAAGGAAAAAGUACUGAAUUAUGACAAAA